CUCCCCCCCUCUCCCCGCAGCAGCUUCCGCAGCACCCCCCAACACCAAACAUCAAAACGCGACAGUCAUCACCCGCAGCUCAUUGAUCAUCCAGCCAGCUAAGGCCCAAGCCACUGCGAGACAUAACUCGGCACCGCGCGCCGCGUUGAAGAACACCCUGUGCCGGAUCACUACCAAGCUCCCAAGUAGUAGUGCACUAGACCCAUUAGAUCACGGAACACGACCAAAACACGGCCGGAACGCGGCUGCGGCGCCAGCCGUUGAAUACCUUGAUUCCUAUUCAAACAACGCCGCCGAACAACGCGCGCCGCGCCGCGACCCUCAAUCCCUCCUUCUUUUUCUCUUCCAUCCACUCAUCCUCCCGCUUCGACACAUUCUCAUCAUCAUCACACACUCUCUCUCCCUCGCUCUCUCUCUCUCUCCUUGACACUCUCUUCAUCCCACCAUCCCCAAGUCGUCGUCCUCACCACUUCCCAUCGCCAUGGCGUCCAUCCCUGCGCGCCGCCCCACUCUUCAGGGCGCCAUGCCAGUAAACCACCUCGACAUCAACAUCGCCGCCACCUCUCCCUACUCCCCCCUCGACCAGCUCGGCCUCGUCCACUCCCCCCUCACUGAACUCGCCAACGACCCAUUCAGCAAGACCACCGCCUCUCCACCAUCGACCUCCUCUCCCCUCCAGUCACAGUCUUCUGUCACGCCUGCACCAGCCGCCAUUCCCCCCCUGAACCUCAACCUCUUCCGCUCCCCGUCCAUUUACUCUGUCGAAAGCGGAGACUCUCUUUCCACCAUUGGCGGCGGCGAGCGGUAUGGUUACCCCUUUGCCGCAGAACCCGCGUCGUCGUCAUCAGAUACAGUCGCUCCUCUCUCGCCAGCUGAAUCUCCUGAUGACUCGUACACCUCUCCCGACGAAACGGACGUGAUCGUGUUCUCCACACCGUCAACGCCUCGCGCACGCCGUUUCGUAGGCUCGAACACCAACUCCCCUGUCACAUCUGGCGCUGCCACACCGACCGCGGCGCUCGCCCGUUCAGAACAACACCGCACCGACCCAGACGCUCCUACCCUACCCUACGCGCCUGGCACAUUGCGCAGCGCUGUGUCAGAAGGGCCGUUCGCUCUCCGUGCAGUUCCUGUGCGCACCGCACGCUCAACGUCAGUAUCCUCGUCACCAACAGAAUCUCUGGCAUACUCGGCCACUCGAGCCCUCUCCGAGCCGGCGCCCUUCUCAUCGUCUCCCAGAGAUGCCGCCAGCCCCGUCGCACAUCUCGCGAUAAGCCCACGUUACCCGGAGACGGCCGUUGCCCCCGACUGGGCGAGCGUGCACGGAGAGCAGGGAUCAGACUGGGGAGACGACGAGAACGACUUUGAAUGGCUCGACAGUUCGGAUGCCCCGCAUGCCGACACCAUUUCCGACCAGCAGCAGCAGAGUGGGCAGCGUCGCCUCGCAAGACUGUCGCGCAGACUCAGUGCCGUGGGUGUUAGAGCCGCCAACUCGGCAGCGAGCCUGGUCAGUGGCUCGGCAUCUGGCUCCUCGUCAAGUGCAGGCCCCUCCAGGUCAAGCGACAACGACCAUGCUGGUGCACCACCAGCAGCCGACUCUUCUUCAUCUGGAACCGAAGGCGCAAGUGCACCCGCGCCCGAGCGCCGGAGAACCAAGAAGAGAAGACCGUAUGUCAUCCCUCGCCGCCCAGCGCCACCUCCUCCUCCCGGAGGCGGCAUCACUGUCAUCCCCGUCGAGGUGACCCGAAGCCGUUCUCCAGGCAAACCGCGUGUCGGCGGUGCCGCAGACCGCAACUCGCCAUCCCCUAAUGCCGCUGCGGAUGUCACACUAAACAACGUGCAUGACGACCACAGAACAAACAUGUCUUCAACCUCAAACCUUGGUGGUGCCGAGGAACAGCCCCUGCCGCCAGUCGUCAUUAUUACCGCAACACCCCCUCGCCAGGGUCCAGCUAUGCUUUCCGUAAAAGACGCUAAAGCGAGCACGAUGAGCAAGAGCGUCUCGCAUCAGUCAGCCUACUCGUUUUAUGAGCUCGGCGAUUCGCCAUCCCGCACACCUGACCGCAAUGCCUCCCCGGGCACUUUCCCACGCGGCAAGUUUGCGCGCGUGCCACUGCACGAGUUGAACGGCACAUCACCGAGCGGAUCGCCAGAGGCGCGCCCUCGGCUCGAUUCCGAGAUCAAGUAUCCGCGCCGCCCGAGUGCCGAUGACGCCCUGUUUACAACGCCGGGGCGCCAUGGUCUGCGAUCGCCCGACUCGUCCGCGACGCAAUCGCGCCCGGCGCAGUACAACCGCGUUCCCACUCUCGGCGAGGCCGACAUGAUGUCUCCGGAGGAGCUCGUUUCUGCAGGCUUGCAGCGCCGUGAGGCGGGCGACAAGCCCAAGUCGGCGUGGUUCUUUAUGAAGGCAGCCGAGCUCGGCAGCGUCACUGGCCAGAUCCACUGGGGCAUCGCACUCCGCCAUGGAUUGGGCAUUGGGCGCGACGAAAGACGUGCCUUCACCGAGCUUAGUGAGGCGUGCGACCGCGGCCUGGCGGAGGGCAUUGUCGACCUGCGCGCUGCAGUCGGCACACUGCUUCCUCCCGCGACUGCGCGCCAGAUGCCCCGCGACCUUGCUGUCGGUCUGUUCGAGCUCAGCAACUGCUACUUGGACGGCGCGGGCACGCGCCGCAAUUCGGACAUUGCGCUCGAGUACCUCCGCAUGGCCGGCUCGCUGGGCGACAUGGCUGCGCAGGAGCAACUCGGCCUCGUGCUCUCGAAAGGCAUGAACGGCGUGAAGAAGGACACGCGCGAAGCGGCCAAGUGGUAUCGCGCCGCGAUCGGCAGCGGGUCGAACACGCCGGGCCUCGCAUGGGUCUGGAAGGACAAGUACAACGACGCGUAGUACGGUAUCUGGGUAUCUGGGGAGGGGACAUUGCAUGUGGGCAUUAGGAUUAGAGUUGUAGCAGUAUUAUGGAUCCCACGUGGACGCG